AUGGAGGCUGAGAUCGACACCAUGGAGUCACCGGGCGCUCAUAUCUUCGUAGAGCCCACGGCUUCGAUCGAGUGUGUGGACCAAUCGAUCGAAGCGAAGCUUGACACCUUGAUUAGACUUUGUCGAGGCCAAGGCAAAGAACUGCAGCAGCUACGGCUUCGUUUGGCUGGUGUGGAAGAGAAGCUUCAGGCCGCACUUCAGCCUGAAGCACCAGCACCCGCUUCUUCCUCGUUCAUCUCGAGAGUCUCGAAGUCCCCCAAGCUGCGGGUUAACUCAAUGGUAUCAAGGGCGUCUCGGGGUGUGUCGGAUUUCAGCAACAUCGACGAGAUGUUGGAGCAGAGAGUCAUGAAAGCAGCAAGGAAAAAUCGGGAUGAUCCUACCCACAGCAAAUCCGCUUUCAAGAGAAGCGGCACCUAUCAUGUGGGAUCAUCGCAUGCGGUUGCUGUGAUUCGCUCGUCACGUUCCAAACAAUCGCUGAAGUUCGAGGAGAACCCGAGCCCGGUUGGCAAGAGAGCGUCUGGUGGAGUCCAGGUUGUUCCGAUUCCAACAAGUCCACGGUCGUCGCUGCCCAAAGCUUCUCCCAAAGAGCACUGCACUUCCCUGAGCAAUGUUUUCCAAAGUCGCGAGGCCCAGCUAAGUCUUGCAUCCCCCAAGAGCGCAGCCACCGGCAGCGGCUUGGCCGAGCCCACUGUCUCCGAAGAGCCAGCAGAGCCCACUGUCUGCCGUGAGAGUUGCAUUUCCUGCUGGCUGGCCUGCUGCGAUGCCUGGACACGCUUGUGCGGCCUCACGCCCUUGGUUCAGCGAUGGAUCGAGAACCCCGAAGAGGAGUGCGAAGAUUUGGAUCCGAGCGUCAUGCUGGUCUCGAAAGCAUAUCAUUGCCUGGUGUUGAGCCUCAGCUGCGUGGGGGUUUGGAUGAAAGCCACUACACUGAGCAUCUGCAGCCCAAGCGGUCCAUGUGCAAGCGGACCGCCGGCGACGGACUUGGCCAUUGCCGUUGGUGCUGUAAUGGCUGUCGGGUCCUGUGGUGGGUUCAAGAACUACUUCAAAGGUGCACAGAUGCAGAUUCAGAUCGCGGAGCACCUGAAGGAGAGCAUCCACUGCGCGGGCUUAGAGCAGCAUUUGAGGACACAGAAGGUUACUGAUGGCUUCGCCAUGGUGCUGCUUUGGAUGGCCGUUUUGGCCACGCGUCUUUGCUUCCACGGCUCUGAAGCGGAAUGGGAUGGUUCGCUGGUUCUGCAGGUCGUCCUUCAUGCCUUUGCUUCCGCAGCGCUUUUAGGAGCUUGCUAUCUUCAGGUAACCUGCUGGCGUGGUGUGUCUCUGACCAUCGUUGCCUUUGCCCGGUCCCUCCUGACUGGUAUCGUCAGUGGCCAGGCCGCCCGAACAAGAUGGCGAGAGAUGACAAGUUGCAUGCGCCAAGCUUCGCGCAUGUACCAGCUCACCUCCGCAGCUUUGGCACUCACCACAGUCCUCGUAUUCUUUGCUGCUCUUUACGACAUGCACCAGGGUUCAAAGUUCAUUGUGUUGCCGAAUCUGGUGGUCGCAGCGAGCCUGCUCAGUUCGCUGUAUGUCGCAGCAUCUGCGACAGCCCACUGCACGCGGCUUCCAUCUUUGGUCAGCAUGCUCGAUGACGACGACACUGAGGUAGAGCAGGGGUAUAUGAACUUGUCCUUGUUCCUGAGCCUUAGCGAGUCCGGUUUCUUCAUGUGGGAUACCCGCGUCACCCUGGGUGUCCUGCAGAAGUUUGUUUACUUCACCACUGCCAUUGUUGGGAGCAUUGGCUUCCAACUGAAUGUUCUGCAUUUUUGA